AUGGUCUUUCGUCGCCUGCCUUGGCUAAAAGGUAAACCGCGUUCCCAUGACUCUUCGUCUGAUCGUCUCACUGACCUCCAACAUUCCCAUGCCGGCACGUCCCUUUUCUACAUAAAACCCAUCAUCGACGCGAUUCGGACCAACACCCUCUUCUGCUCGGCUCAUUUUCUGCUUUUCCCAGAUACCCAUCCAACGUGA